UCUGUCCAAUCAGUAGUUGUGGAGGCUGUUUUAAACCAGAAACACGACUAGCCAAUCAGGCCGGUCUCGUAUUGAGCUAGCGCGAGGCUGUGUACAUAGCUUUUAAAGAGAAGACAAUCCAGCCUUGAGCGAGUGCACACGAAGGAGCUUUACAGGAAUCGGCUGAAAUAAGUCUCCAGAGAAACUUGGUCCCCUGAUCAGAAUGGCCAAAGGUGACCCACGCAAGCCUAAGGGCAGGAUGUCUGCCUAUGCCUUCUUUGUCCAGGUCUGUCGCGAAGAGCACAAGAAGAAGAAUUCUGACAUCCCUAUAAACUUCUCAGAGUUCUCCAAGAAGUGCUCGGGCAGGUGGAAGACUAUGUCGGGGAAGGAGAAGUCCAGGUUCGACGACAUGGCGAAGCAGGACAAGGUGCGCUACGAUCAGGAGAUGAUGACCUACAUGCCUGGGGGGAAGAAGGGGGGCAAGAAGAAGAAGGACCCCAACGCUCCCAAAAGACCUCCCUCCGGUUUCUUCCUGUUUUCCUCCGAGCAGCGGCCCAAGAUCAAGGCCCAAGACCCCAGCCUGGGAAUUGGGGAUGUGGCUAAGAGGCUGGGUGAGAUGUGGAACAAUCUCACCGACUCCAGUAAGCAGCCAUACCUGAUCAAAGCCAACAAGUUGAAGGACAAAUACAAGAAGGACGUGGAAGAUUACAAGGGCAAAGGCAAAGUAGGCGGGGCAGCGGCAGGCCCCAAGCCCACGAAGAAGCCUGUGCACGAUGAUGACGACGAUGACGACGAGGAAGAUGAAGAGGAAGACGAGGAGGAUGAUGAUGAUGACGAGGAUGAUGAUUAAUUGAUUUGUGUAUUUGGCUUUUUUUGUUUAGUUUUUUUUUUUGGGAACUCUGUUCCUGGCUGUACUGUGACUGAGGGAGAGUAGCUGUGAGCCAUGGGGUUUGAAGCAAGUAUGCCCUGAGCAAGCUACCUCUCUCUCAUGUCUCCCUGACAACGUGCACCCCCCCCCUCCCCCCCUUGAAUUUUCUACUGGCUGUUAACUGGAAGCAUUUAAAUAAGAGGUAGUGGUUGCAGUAUAUAUGCAAAUGUUUUAUUUUUCCCCUCUUAAAGAAUUGUAAGGUGUUUGACUACAUGGUUCUUAGGUUUUAGUUCGAUCCUCCCCAAUUCUGAGUUUUAUUGCACAGAUCUAGGCUGUAGGCGUGCGAGCCGUGCACCAGUAUUGUCAACUUCAGUCGCGACUUUACUUUCUGUUGGAGAGUCUGGGUAGUGUUUGUGAACAGGAAGAAUUGCAGUCUUUGGAAUCGCUCUGGGUUUGUCCUUCAUCUUUGUCCUGCACUGAUGUGAUCAUGGACACAGCAGGGAUGUAUAUGGUAUAAUUUUCGUAUAAAUAUUAAUUUUUUUUUAGCUGUAAUAUCACAUUUGAAGAAUGGAGUUAUGGCCAUUGAUGGAAAUUCUGUACUUAUUUGCACCUGAAUAUUUUUUUUUUUUUCUUUUGUAUGUUUAGGAUGCUGCAAGUGAAAUAAACUAUUACAUUUUUA